GCGCACUUGCGAGGGACGAGCGCAUCACGCUCCCUGCACGCGGGACUCGGAAGCGAGCGCCGUCAAGCAGCGGCUGCCCCUCUACCCUUUCCUAGCUCUGACGAAGGGAGAAGGCGACCUGGAGGCCGGCGACUGGCGGAACUUUGCCCGGCGCGCAGGCGCGUCGCCCAGCCCCGACCUGCCCCGCUCGCGCCUGCGCAGUCGGCCGGAGGGCGGACAAGGGCCGAGCACGCCCGCUGUUGCGCUGGGGCGGCCGCCGGGGUGAGCCGCGCCGGGCCGGACGGAGAAGGGAGGCGGGCUUGGCGGUGCUUCUCCUGGGCAGCGGAGUGGGCGGGCCCUUCCGGGUGGUUCCCCCGGGCGUCGUGCCGCGCGACCCCAGCAAGACCCUCCCGUGUCCCCCCCCCUCCCUCCCGCAGGAAGGAUCUCCGCCACCGCCGACUCCCCCAGGGCCCCCGGGGCCAACAUGGCGGAGCAGAAGCGCCUGGCCUUCGCCAUCAUCGAGUUCCUGCAGGAGCAGCUGCAGCACGGCGGGCUCUCCCCGGACGCCCAGGAGAGCCUGGAAGUGGCCAUCCAGUGCUUGGAGACGGCCUUCGGGGUGUCCGUGGACGACAGGGGCCUGGCCAUCUCCCAGAAGCUCCCGGACAUCUUUGAAGCUGCUGCGGCCAAACAGGAGCCGCUGCAGAGCUGCCCCGUUGCUGAGCCUGCUCCUCCUUCUGAAGAAGACGCAGCUGAAGCUGAAAGACUGAAAACUGAAGGAAACGAGCAGAUGAAAGUGGAGAAUUUUAAGAGUGCCGUCUCGUUCUAUGGAAAAGCCAUCGAACUGAACCCGUCCAAUGCUGUGUAUUACUGCAACCGGGCUGCUGCUUACAGUAAACUAGGAAACUACGCCGGGGCCGUCAGAGACUGCGAGAGAGCCAUCAGCAUCGACCCCAAGUACAGCAAAGCCUAUGGCAGGAUGGGGUUGGCCCUGUCCAGCCUCAACAAGCUCUCGGAGGCCGUCUACUACUACCGGAAGGCAUUGGAGCUGGACCCAGACAACGACACCUACAAGUCCAACUUGAAAGUCACUGAGCAGAAGAUGAAGGAGGCUCCGAGCCCGACGGGCAGCGCCGGAGGGAUUGACCUGGCUGGGUUGCUGAACAACCCUGGCUUCAUGAGCAUGGCCUCCAACCUGAUGAACAACCCUCAGGUGCAGCAACUGAUGUCUGGGAUGAUCUCCAGCAGCCAGAGCCCCAUGGCCGCCCCGGGAGCCAGCACCGCCCCCCACGAUCUCGCCAGCCUCAUCCAAGCAGGCCAACAGUUUGCUCAGCAGAUGCAGCAGCAAAAUCCGGAGCUCAUAGAACAGCUGCGUAGCCAGAUCAGGAGCCGGACCCCCAGUGCCAGCAACGAGGAGCAGCAGGAAUGAGGCAGCCGCUGGACUCUGCUCCUGGUCAGGAAGACCCCUUUCGCCCCAAGGGAAGGACCAGCUGAAGAGCCUUCCAGCUGCUGCUGCUGCUGCUACUAGCCGUUCUUCCUCUGGAAAAGCCCACGAGGGAUUGGGGGUGGGGGGAGCCAAGCCUGAUCCGGCCUGCAUGUUAGAGACUUUUGGUAGCCUCCCCUCCCUGCUCCCUCCCCACCUUACUCCCGAGUGGACCUGGUCAGGGGAGCGGAGAGUGUGACUGUCUGCAGAUCAGCAUCUACCCCCCACCCCCUCCACCACUCUGGGCACCCCGAAGGCAAGCUGUGGGUCUGUCAACGUCACGCCUGUCCUGUUGCUCAGAAGAAACCGCCCCCUCCAGAGACCGUGUCCUCCUCCAGCAGGGAGCGUUGCCUUUCCCAAGCCGGGAUUUCCUCCUCGUCACCAUUGCUGGAUCCUGGCACACCAAGGCUAGAUGGCCCCUCUUGGGGAGAGGCCCAGUUGACUGGCUGGGAGAGGAGCUGGUGGGACUGGCAUCGGUGCCCAGGGAAGAUGGGCGGCCUCUCCUGUGCUUUCCAGUAGGACGUUUACUUUCAAAAAGGGCCGUGGCUAGUUUGGUGUGACUUUUCUGUGAGUAGGGAGGGGGGGAGGGGGGGCAGAGUGGGGGUUUCUUUUGAAAAUGUGUUUCUUUGGGUUGGGGCCUGGGGAACUUGCCUGGGUGGACUGGCUAACAGGCCAUUUCCUGCCCAGCAUGAAGGGUGCCAGGAGGACUGGGCUGCUUUUCUGAAGUGCUCUCCUUGUGGCCAGGACUCCCCUCAGCAUCGGGUGUCCAGAGUGUGACUCCCACCAGUGGAGGUGCAUCCCGGAGGGUGUUUGUGGCUGCUCUCAUUUGAAUGUCCCAGAUCCCCUCCAGCCAGCAGAAUGGGACGGAUGGCAGCCCAAGGGCCUUGGGGAAGGAGGGUUGCCCGUCCUCAGUGCCAUCUGCCAGGAGCCCCCUAGAGACUGGCCUGCCCUGCAUCAGCCGGGCCCCUUUGCUGGCCAGCCGGGGGCUCUGGAGAGGAGCAACGGGCCCAGGAACCUUCUGGUGCCCUCCUGGCCAGCCCGGGUGUGCCUGCCCCACUGGCUGCCACGGGCAGAGCCUUGUUGUGUGUCUGGUUUCUCACCUGGCCCUUGUCGGGGCUGCAGGGUAAAAAGCCAUCUUGUGGAACCACUGGGGCAGAUGCAGAAGUAGGAAGAGGGUGGGGUGGAGUCCUACCCAUGGCCCCUUUUUGUGGGUCCGGCACGCGGGGAGGGAGAAGCUGCCAGGCUAGAAAGGUAAGUGGGGUGGGGUGGGGUGGGGUGAACCGAACCCCAGGGUGCUUCCAAUAAGUGAGGGGCUGAAGAAUCACCGUCUGUCUCCAGCAAUGGCUUUUCUUUGAUGUAGGAAAUAAACUUCUUUGGACACU